CUCCCUUGCUCUUCACGUCGACGGCGAACCAGCGAUACAUGAAAAUAGAAGAAUCCCAAACAAAACAGUCCUGCAUUGAAUGAUGGAUCACCGAUUCUUUCUCCUCCUUGCGGUUUCUCUGCUCGCCGUUUUCUCUUUGGUCUCCGGUGACGAUGACUUCGUUGGCUCCGGAGACGAUGUUUUCAUCCGGCAAGUCGUCGGUGACGAAGAUCCGUUGCUGAAGGCGGUGGAGCACCACUUUGGUGCCUUCAAGAGAAAGUUCGGAAAAUUGUAUGCGUCACAGGAAGAGCACGAUUACAGGUUCUCCGUCUUCAAGACUAACAUGCGCCGCGCAAAGCGUCACCAGAAGCUAGAUCCGUCGGCGGUCCACGGUGUCACUCAGUUCUCCGACAUGACUUCAUCGGAGUUCCGAAAGCACCUUGGACUGAGGUCUCGUCUCAGGUUCCCUGCCGAUGCUAGCAAGGCCCCGAUCCUUCCAACGAACGAUCUACCGGAUGAUUUUGAUUGGAGAGAUCAUGGUGCUGUCACAGAUGUGAAGAAUCAGGGUUCGUGUGGUUCAUGCUGGUCGUUUAGUACAACUGGGGCACUAGAAGGGGCGAAUUUCCUCGCCACAGGGAAGCUUGAAAGCCUUAGCGAGCAGCAACUUGUUGAUUGUGACCAUGAGUGCGAUCCAGAAGAAGAAGGAUCAUGUGAUUCAGGAUGUAGGGGAGGUCUGAUGAACAGUGCCUUUGAGUACACUCUCAAAGCUGGUGGGCUUAUGAGCGAAAAAGAUUAUCCUUACACGGGCACUGAUCGUGGAAGCUGCAAAUUUGAUAAAAACAAGAUUGUAGCAUCUGUGAGUAACUUCAGUUUGGUCUCCCUCGACGAAGAUCAGAUUGCUGCCAAUCUCGUGAAACAUGGUCCUCUUGCUGUGGCUAUCAAUGCAGUUUACAUGCAGACAUAUGUUGGAGGAGUGUCGUGCCCAUUCGUAUGCUCAAAAAGGUUAGACCACGGCGUACUAUUGGUCGGGUAUGGUGCGGCUGGGUACGCUCCGGCUAGAAUGAAGGAGAAGCCAUACUGGAUCAUCAAAAACUCUUGGGGAAAAAAUUGGGGAGAGAAAGGAUAUUACAAGAUCUGCAAGGGUCAUAAUGUCUGUGGUGUCGAUUCUAUGGUCUCGACAGUUGCUGCAGUUAACCGACACUAGUAAUACUAUCGUUAAACAGCCUACUACGAGUACGAGUAUAUAGGGAGUGCUUAACAAACGACAAGAAUACAUUAACGGAAUUACGAGUUAAUUCGUGUUUGAGAAAGCAUACGAUUGCUUAAAUUUCUA